AUGUACAAGGCCGCCUUCCCCUGGUCAUCGCUCGAGGAGGAGGAGAUUGAGAAAAAGUACAUCAAGUCGCUCGACGAGACCGACAGCGAGGAGAUUGCCGGCAACGUGUGGAUUCCCGCAGAGUCAGCUUUGACUCUCGCCGAGGCAUACGGUAUGCGUGCUUGGAUUGAGGCCCUGCUCGACCCCGAGCCCAUCGCCAAGGGAACCCACGACCCCAACAAGAACAUUGCUACGCCUCCGCGCUUCCUCAUUCCCACCUCGGAAGCCACCACUCUUCCUCCUCCAACAGAAACCACCUCUCGCCGCCGCACUCUUCGUUCUGCCUCCCCUGCAAAGGCUCCUNNCCCACUCCCAGCCGCAAGAUCGCAACUCCCAGAAGGACCCGGCGCGCAAAGCCUGCAGCAUCAAGUGCGCUUGCCCCCNACCGCCGAGAGCGCCGAGGAGUCUGCUGCACCAGAAACUUCGCUUGAACCCGAGUCUGUCAAGUUCGACUCAAUAAUCGCCUCUAGCGAAGCAGCAGCAAAGGCAGACGCAGAAGCCGCACUUGCAGACGAGAUCCCCGUGACCCUCAGUGCUCGCUCUGGCGACACAGUUCAAGUUGACAUCGAGACCACCACGGUGCCCGGUAUCAAUGGUGCUAGCCCCACUGAGAGUGUGCGCGCUGUGGUCAAUGUACCAGCCACCCACCCAGACCUUGCACAACCUAGCGAUCCUCAGGCUUACCUCGACAUGGCCAAAGAAUCGAUCGUUGCCGCACACAAGUUGACGGCCAGCCGCACUCCUGGCAAGAAGCGCAAGGCCCUCGAGGCAUUUGAAGAUGACGAUGAGUCCAUUUCCGUGUUCCCCGAAUUUGACACGGUUGGGUCAUCUGCUGCAGUCGCUCCUAUAGAGAUUGACGAGCGUCCGGCCAAGAGACAACGUUUCACCGAGAUUGAGCUUCGUAAGGAGAAGAUCAAGAAGAGAGCAACGUUGGGGAUCUUGACCACUAUGGCUAUGNNGGGUAUGUUUGCAUCUCCUCUACUCUGUUCUACCAUGAACUUUUGA